AUGAAAGUCAUAACUUCUUUCUUCGCUCUAGCAGCAGUGGUACGAGCACACUAUGAUUUCCCAGCCCUGAUCUCUGGGUCUACCAAAACACCCGCAUGGCAAUAUGUUCGCCAAUGGUCUGGGUCGUAUACAUACAGCCCUGUGGUAGACGUAACUUCAAAGGAUAUCAGAUGCAACGUCAAGGGCGAUUCAAUCUUCGCACCAGGUACUCUCGGUGUGACUGCUGGCUCGACAGUUGGUUUCACGGCCGAUCCACCUAUCUACCACCCAGGUCCACUGCAGGCAUACAUGGCAAAGGUUCCAGCAGGAUCGACUGCAUCAACGUGGGAUGGUUCCGGGAGUGUGUGGUUCAAGAUAUUCGCGCAAGGGCCGAAGUUCGGUGGACAGUCACUAACAUGGCCUUCGGACAGUGCCGCAACCGUGACUUGGAAAAUCCCAGCGUCAACCCCCAACGGGGAGUACCUGCUUCGGGUUGAGCACAUCGGUCUACAUUCUGCGUCAGCAGCCGGCGGUGCCCAGUUUUACAUUUCCUGCGGACAGAUAAACGUCACUGGUGGAGGUUCUGGAACUCCAGGGCCGCUUGUUGCUUUUCCAGGGGCGUACAAAGCGACGGAUCCGGGACUGAUGCUGAAUAUUUACUAUCCAGUGCCAACAUCUUACACUCUGCCAGGACCUCCGGUUUGGACUGGUUAG